AUGGGUGGGCGCUCGAGCAAACAUCGUGGAGGCGUCUACUCCCGCGGCGAGGCAAACAUCGUAGAGGCCCUCGCCGCGGGGCUGCCGGACGUCUUCCAAGCCGAGAUACUUCCCCGGCUCGAGGUCGAAGACGUUCUCAGCUUAUCGAGGGUGAACAAGACGUGCUGGAAAGCGGUGUGGAGCGAGCCCGGAGUUCGGACGAUGAAGGCGAAGCUCGACAGCCAUCUGGAGGAACGAUCGCGGGAUGUUUGGCGAUCCUUUAUACGCAACGGGCCGGUUUUUCCGCCGGAAUUGUCACCCAUUAAGCUAAUGCGGAUGGCGCGUCGCGAACAGCAGGAGCUGCAGGAGUCUUGGAAGAAGUGUAUUCGCAUCAAGAUAGACAUGGUCGUCUGGAGAAACAAGCACGGGCACCCGCCCAUGGUGGAGACGCUCAGGCGCUGGGAACGCAACGGAGGACCCGGUGCCUUCGAGCUGAUUCUCAUGUCCGACUGGUUCCAACUUUCCACCAUGUGCGCGUGCGUGAUUGCGGUGAUAUGGCUCCAGCUCUGGUUCCUUCGAAACCUUUUCGCCCCUCGCUGA